GGCGCUGUGUGGGGCGCCGCCAUCUUCUCGUCCCCGCCGUCCGCUGAGCGCCGCCGCCGCAAUGCCGGACGACCCGGACCUGGAGGUGUACAAAGCACCGCCGAGCCGUACGCCGGUCACGGAGAGCACCUCGGCGCUGCCCAACCCGGUCACCUUCAUUCAGACCGUGUUCAACUAUGUCAUCGACGCGCCCGUUACCUUCGUGCGAGGUACAGACGGGCUCGGGCACACCGGGCUGAGCGCGGCCCUUCCGCUCCCAUCGGAAGGGCCGCGACGCGAUGUGGGGACGGGGGCAUCAGUACGGGAUGGAGAGUGGAUCGAGCGCCAGCAAGCCAAGAACAAGUCCUAUUACUACCACCAGAAGUUUCGCCGUGUGCCCGACGUGAGCGAGUGCUUGGAGGGGGACUACCUCUGCUUCUACGAGGCUGAAGCGCAGUGGAGAAGGGACAGGUUGGUGGAUCAGCAAAUCGUGGAGAUAGUCCGGGAAAGGCUCGGUGCAUGCAAGCAGAGGGAAGGACCAAACCAGUUUCAGAAUUGUGCCAAGGAGGCAGAGCAGCUUGCACAGGUUACCAAAGCCUAUCAGGAAAGAUACGGUGAUCUUGGUGUCCACGGAAAUGCCAGGACAUGUCUGAUGAAGCAGAAGCACAGGAUGAUAGAAGAAAUGAAGGCGCAAGAAAAUGCAUCUCAGUAGAUCUGGAUACAGAAUAGUUGGCACCUCCCUCACUGGUGCUUUUAUCAAAUCUUGUGUUGCAUCUGUGAACUGUGAUGCUGUACAAUAAACUUACAAACCCAAACAUCUGCCA